GUUAUCUGCGCUCGGCCUCCCGCGCCUGGCGGGCUCCGCCCGAGGCUCCGGGGCCCAUGGCCAAGCGGCGUGCGGCCGAGCCGCUGACGUUCCACGUGCCUUGGAAGCGGCUCCUGCUCUGCGACUUUCCCGAGGAGCCGCCGCCGCCCCCGCCGCCGCUCUGGAUCCCGCCGCCGGGGGCUUCCCAUCCCGGGCAGCCAGUCGGCGUCCCGGAGCUGCCCCGAAAGCGCAAAAUCGACGCGGGGGCUAUGACUGAGCCUUCAGCUUCGCCCAGCAAGCGUCGCGACGGCCGGGACAGCAUCGUUCCGGGCGGCGUGCAGCGUGAGGGCCGAGGCCUGGAGACUGGCGAGCCGCCGCUGCAGCAGCCUCCGGUGCGGCCUCGCGGGCCAGGGGAGGAGCCCCGGGGCGCCCGGCCCCCGAGGGGCGGUGGCGACGACGGGGCGGGGCGCACAGAGCCCCGGCAGGGAGACUGGGGGGCAGCACCGCGCCAGCUCAAUGAAGAAUUUUGGCAGUAUAACUCCUUCCAGUAUUGGAGGAAUCCUUUACCACCUAUUGAUCUGGCAGACAUCGAAGAUAUAGUUGAAGAUAACCUGCCAGAAGCAACGCUUCCAGGCAAGAAUGAAGUGGUUGAGAUUGACAUGGAGUCCUGACAGAAGGAGUUGAAGAAUAGGUUUUUCUGAAUUUGAGGAGACAUCUCUUAAACGAAUUCACGUAUUCUUAAGGAGAAAAGUUAUUUUCCGUACUUGAUGUGAUACCAUUCCCAAAGCUGAGAAAUGAGGAAAAGUUGUUUGAAAAAUAAAUACCUACAGUCACUACUGAAACUCCCAAGGGGGUUUGUUAAGGAUAUAGCACAGUUACAGGGGAAGUAUUUUAUAUAUGUACUCUUAAAGAAAAAUUUAUGUUUAGACUUGAAAUUUGAACAUACUCAUCUUAUAAAAAGGAAUUCUGACAGUUUUCAAAGUAGGUGGAGAACACAAAUAAUUCCUCUUCUCUGUACCAAAAAGUUAAUUUGUGGUACAUGAAAUGAAUAUUGUUUUAUAAUAACUCUUAUUAAUAAAAUGCUUUCUAGUA